UCCCCAGGCUCGCCCAAGCCCGCCGUCCUCCACCGCUCCGGCCAGGAGGCUCCCUCUGACACCGACCCAUCAAACACGAGGGGCCGGGGGUCCUCAAAAGUCUCUUCCCGGCACUACAACUAAGAAUACUACCAGUUCUCAAUGCCUGGCUCCAAGGCACUGUCUUCUCAAAGUCCCAAGAGGAUAUUUCAGCCUAGCCUAAGAAUAACUAACCAGAAUCGGCCAUCUGUGGUGAUACGUGCUGCAUCAUAUAAGCAACUAAACACCCACGUGGAUAGUGGUCAGCAGUCACAGCUUUUCCUGCCACUUUCUGGUUCAAUCUUGCCACAUCUUCAGCCAGCGAGCUCGAACUAUGACUUAGCACCUCGGAUUAACACCGGAAAAAAAGACUGGGGUCACCAGGCUGCUCUUACUACAUCUCUCAUCAAAGAAAACUCUCAAGGGAAGCAGCUACCCACAGAUGCCACCUCUUGCUUGCACCGACUCCAGGAAAGAGUCACAUACAGGGAAUGCAGAGCAGAUAAUACUGAAUGGCAAAUGCAAGAGGAGUUGGUGCGCAAAUUAGAAGAUCAGCUGGCGCAAGAAAAGCAGAGACUGUAUGUUAUGAGGGCAGAGCUGGCAUUAACCUCCCAUUCACAGCUUCCAUAUGGAUCAGGGCUAAUCUUCUCGCCCCAGACCAAAGGGCCAAGGAGUGAGCUUGUGAAUGAAAUCUGUUUCUCCAGCCACCAUGGGAUAAACAGCAAUUCAGUGAAGAACCCCAGCAUGGACUAUUACCGGCAUACCACGACCCGCCCACCUUUCACAUAUGCUGCCCUGAUUUGUUGGGCAAUCCUAGAAUCUCCCAAGAAACAACUCAGUCUGAAUGAGAUUUACCGCUGGUUCAACAAUUUUGGCUACUUCAGGCACAACACCCCUACCUGGAAGAAUGCUAUUCGACACAACCUGAGCUUGCACAAAUGCUUUGUGCGUGUGGAGAAUGUCAAGGGAGCUGUUUGGACAGUGGAUGAACUUGAGUACCAGAAGAAAAGGAACCAGCGCUGUGCUACUUAUCCACACCCAGUUCUAUUCAACCAAGGAGCAAGUGGUUCAGUUGCACCGCUGGAACCAGCAGGCCAGCCAAGAACAGAAAGGAGUGUCUGCUAUGGACAGGAGUCUUCUCCCUACUUGUCUUGUCUCCCAGGAACCACUGAGAGCUGAGCUGACUCUCCCCCAUCACACACUGAGAGCACAGUGUGUUGGAUCCUGUUUCCAAGCCACGGAUGCAGAGGCAUCAAAUCUAGGGGCAGAACCUUUUGAGGCAGGGGCAGCCGAAACUAGCCACACACCGCAAUUUUGUUACUUCUCAGCAGCAGUCCUAGUAUUCUGAAUCAGGAAAAGGAAAAGGGAAUUUUAUUAUUUUUUUUUUAGGAGAAAAGGAACAAGGGGCUGGUAUGAAAUAAUAAAGGGAAGAACGAAUGUCCCCAUUGCAUAUCUGUUUCUCCAGGAUAGCCUCUAUGUCAGAAGGAUGGCACAAGGGCUCCCCAUUUUGCCCCAAAUGUGCUGCAC